AGGGAGUUAGAGAGACAGAGAGAGACAACGAGAGACAGAGACAACGAGAGACAGAGAGAGAGAGGAGGUUUAUAGCAGUAGCAGACCAGCAAAGAAGAUUGAGAGAGACAAGAAAAAGCAUAUAACUAUAAUAUAUUUUAAGUAUUCUAUUUCUUUGAAUAGUCCACACAUUUUUGUUGUGAAGUAGUUUUGAUAUCCUGCUGGAAGCAGAACGAGCAAGAACGGAGAGAACAACCUGCUGAAAAAAUGGCUCACGGAAAAUAUGUAAUUUGGAGCUGAACUAUACAAAAACAGGUCUGUAGUGAUGGCAGAGGUCAGCUGGGCUGCUGUGUGGUGGCACAGAAGAGGAGUUAGCCGUCUGCUGCUCUUUUGGAUUUCUAUAGUAGUUCCUCCAUCCCUCUUGCAGCCUUCUCUCCCUCUUUCCCUGCCGGUCCACAUGUCGGUUGUCCCACCACACUGGCAGUUCCAUCCUCUUUCUCAGGCGGAGCUGGACCCUCUUUUCUCAAACUCUAGCCCCUUCUCCUUCUCCCAGAGCCUGUUCAUGGUACACCCACCUGGCCAAUUCCCCAGACCAGUCCUCCAGGCUGCAUUUGGCCCUUACUCAGUUACACAGCUCAUAUCAGAGCCUGUCCUUCCUCUCUCUCCCCUUCUGUCCGCCUUCCUCCUCUCAGAGCAUGUGGAGAGAGAGAGGGAUAAGGGCAGGCAGGAGAGGUUCAGGGUGAGGACAUUGUUCCACAUGCCGGGCGACACCAGCACCCAAGCGACCUGCAUCACCCUACAUGCAUUUAAGGAGACAGAGGAGCACAAGGCCUCCUGUAUCACACAGCCUCCUCUAGGGCUGUGCAUGGUAACUCUGACACUUCCAAGUGACUGGUUUGAGGAUCAACACACCAACCAAUCACAUCAGGAUUUGGAAAAGUGGCACAGUGACAUUCACCCUCGUCGCCGCUUGCAGAAGUGGCAACGGCAGCAGAGGGGUCAUCAUCACGAAUACCAACGGGUUCCCAUGACAAACCAAAUACAGCUUUACUACUCCUCCUCUUACACAGUGGCCGACCUAAAGCUGACACCACCAAGAUGUGUGGAAGACAGACCGGCUGAGUCCCACAGGCAGCUCUUCCAUAUCAGAGCAGUGACACUAAAGGAGAAGGAGGGAGAAAGAGAGCAGAGCAGGACCAACAAAGAAGAAACCUGUUUCAAUGGGCAGGAAGAGGAGGAGCUUAGCUUGGACCCCCAUGUCAUGAUUCGCUAUCACAGGGGCCCGGUCCUGAUAGGACAGCCAAUUAGAGUGUCUGUGAAUCUGAGAGCCAACUUCAGUGCUGAGUUUGUUGCCAUAAGGCUAAAGAUAAAGAAGGGCUUGGUGUCAAUGGUGGCCCAGAGAACUCUAACCUCUGACCUAUGGGCAGUGACCCUGGAGAGAAGCCAAGCCUCCAAACAUGACGUUGUGUCCAUCCUCUGCCACAAACACAGCACACUCAAGCACAUACACAAUCCCACUUUACUCCAACAGGUGGUGUGUCUGUCAGUGGACGGCCUGAGGCAGAGCUUCGGUGUUGCCAUGACGGUGUCUGCUAACUGGUGGGUGGAGUACUCCGGCCGUAUAAAAGCCCUACCGCCACAUGGGUCAGCAGUGAGCAUCUUCUCAUUUGCUGAUCGACACAUCUUUAGCAUUGCUCCCAUCACAGAGAUUAACACAAUCAUCAACACAGCCAUACUGACCAACCAGCCAGUGUCACUUCCUGUCAUUGUGCUGGCCUUAAACCACGAUGGGACGUUGAUGUCAGACGUCACCUCUGCAGUCACGUGCUACUCUACCAACGAGAACACUGUCAAGGUGUCCAGCGAUUGCUCAACCCUCUUUGUGGAUGGCAGUGAAUCAGGGUUGGGUAACACCUGUGCAGUGGUGGAGUUUUUACUGGGUGCACUCCGUGGCUCUGUGUGUGUGGAGGUGUGGGCUCCUUCAGUGCCCCUGCGAGUGUCUUUGGCAGACCCUGUUCUCAAUGCCAUUGAUGGCUGGAACCACUUCACAAAAAAAGGGUGUGUACCAGUGUAUCAACGCUCCAGAGUCCAGGUUCUGACUCAGUUCACAGCUCAGGAUUCUCAUAGCAAAACCACAUACCUCCUGGGCUCAUCUGAUUGGUUCGUGGAUGUUACAGAGCUGGUCAGUAACUGGCUGAGAGUAGAGGACCCUCGAGUGGCUACUCUUGGCACCCAAAACAUCCUGAUUGGUUUACGACCAGGAAAGACAUCACUCCAUGUCGUCUCUGAGCAGUGGGAUGGCAUGCUGGGUGGAUGUGACAUCACUGUGACCUCUGACCCCGUUACCCCCGGGGACCUGUCUGUGCAGGUGGUCAGUGGCCUCGGCAUGUCAGUCACGGCUAGCCCUACCCACCCUUCCAUUAUCACAACAACAGUAACAGCCUACAACAUCCUAUACAACCAUCACCAGGAGGCUUCCAUCAGUGUCUGGCUCCAGUUCAGUGACGACACCGCCUCCCUCCUCUCCUCCUUCAGCGACCUUCCCUUUUUUCUGAAUCUCUCCUCAUUGGCUGAGACUGUGGUUGUGGUGACGCCUACUGCUAGCCAACGCAUCUUUGCCCAGGGUGAUGGAGGCGGGCCUUUACUACUUGCAGAACUUCUGGUUUCAACCUGCGUUGACCAGCCAAUCAUCUCCAACUCUUUCAGUGAAGGUGAAAGGGAUUGGACGGACACCGGAGGUAGAGGCGGGACCAGGAGGCUGGCGAGAGGAUCUGGUUGGAUAAGAGUCAACCUAGACCUGGGCUUCCUGCCACCAGUAGGGGUUAAGGAUGAGGAGGGUGAGAAGAUUGUGCCUGACAUUUCAGACAGCGACAUCUAUGCAUCGCACUUUGACGAGGACAAAAGUGAGGAUGUAAGCAGGGACUAUUAUGAAAAAAUCAGUCGUAAGAGAACUGCUAAAAACUGGAAUGAGGUUGGGAACGGAGGACUGGUCAGUCGCAACAGUCUGGAAAGGGCUGUGCUAAUGCCAAACCAGGAGGAGGGCACUCUGUAUUUCUCCCCAAGCCAGGAGAAAGAAGGAGAGAGGAAGGAGGACGAAGUGGAAGGGCAGGGAGCUCGAGAGCUGGAGGUGGGUGUGGGCGCUGUUCUCGCUCUGCUCUGUCUCUCUGCUGUCCUCUUUUUGGCAAACUGUCUGCCCUGCGCUCUGAGAGACAGAAGGAAGAUAGAGGAGGAGAGGGAAGGAGAACUAGAGGGAGAUGCAAAGGAGACAAAGAAGAAAGAGGUCAAGACAGAAGAGGAGGAGAGGGAAGGAGAACUAGAGGGAGAUGCAAAGGAGACAAAGAAGAAAGAGGUCAAGACAGAAGGUGAACACAAGCUGAAGCAGCAGCAUGAGGCGUACAAUGAAGAGGAUGUUAAAGAAGUAGAGAUCAUUUGCUGA